AUGAGCGACACGGAGGAUGUUAAGCUUCCGGUCCCAUCGCGGUCGACGGGAGUCUACGGCGGAGCAAGCGUGGGUGGCCUGCUCUCCGAGCGCGGCACCGCGGGAGGUGGAGUGAGGGGGGCAGCGGCAGCUGCAGCAGGAGGGCCGCGGUCCUCUAGGAAAGUUGUCGACGGUUUGAGGUCGGCAAGCUCCCGGCGCCUGUACAGCUCUUUCGCGUCUAACGGCUCGAGCAAGCUCAUGAACGGGGAGAACACGGACGGAUCCACCGCGGGAGUCACGGGCGGGGGCCGUGUCGGUGGCACCGGGAGCAAGUCCUGCUCCGCAUGUGGCGUUCAGUUCACGUGGCGAAUGAGGCGCCACCACUGCCGGGGCUGCAAGAAGGCGGUUUGCGACCCUUGCAGCCGGGAGCGGCUGCAGCUGGUCGGCGGGGACUCUAAGCGGCAUCGCGUGUGCCACCCCUGCCUGAAGGUCCACCUGUCGUUGGGACGCACGCGGGAGGACCGGCUGGAAAGGGUGUCGGCACCCACGAGCAUCCGUUCGUCCCCCUUCGAGUCGCGAAACACCUCCCAGAACGUCUCGCGCGACGCCUCCCGCCACGGGCCCGGAGGGGGGGGGCACUCCGCCUCGGGGCUGGCCACGUACGCCGAAAACCAGGAGGAGUCGAAGCGCCCCGCCGCGGACGGCGAUGGUGCGGCGGCGGCGGCAGCGACGGCGGCGGCGGCGGUGGCUACCUCCGCCGCGCAGUCGGCGGCGGCGAUGGCGGCGGCGAUGGCGGCCGCUUGGUCGGGCGGCAUGAGCUCCGCCACAACGGUUAGCACGGACGCCGCGACAACAACGACCACGGGUUCGACAACAACAACAGCAACAACGACGACGACGACCAUGACGGCGGCGGCGGCGGUGACCGGGGGUACGGAGCAGGCAUCGGCGGCAGUAAUGACGCCGGAGGUGGUGCUCUCCGUCCCCGCCCACCGGCAAGAACAAGCCGCCGCCGCGGCGCGCGAUGGGGUUGCCGUAGCGACGGCGGUAGCGGUCGGGGUGAGGGCGGUGGAGGACGGUGAGGGCGAGGCCGAGGAGGCCUCCGUGGCGGGUGCGCAGAGCCGUCAGCGACCGCCGCCGCCGCCGGGAACCGGCGUCCACGCCGACCCGUCUAGCCACCAGCACAAGCGGCCGGUGCAAAGCGCCAAGGACCAGAACCCUCUGGCGCUGCCGUGGUUCACGGGGAAGCACACGAGCCCGUGCUCCGUCUGCGAGGACCUCUGGAGGGUGGCCUGGAGCGCGCGGGAAGACUUCCUGAGGGACCUUGGGAGAGCCGAGGGGCAGAAGGGUUACAACCUCGUGGCCAGUUCCGGCGACCACUUGAGGCUUUACGCAGCGGCGAACAUGUUCUGGGGGGGGCAGGCGAUCCGCCUUCGCGUUGAGAUGGAGGUGGCGGUCCCGCUAGGGUUUGCCAUGCGUUGGCUGGCGUCGCUGACGGCGAGGGGGGGGGUGUACUACCCCUAUAGCGACACCGUCCCCUGCGACAUGGUGGAGUCGAGCAACGGCGCGCUCAGCGUCGCGUGCGCGCACUGGCAGACCAACCUCUCGGGGCCAAGGCGGUGCACGCUGCUGCGGUACGUAUCCGAGGACGGAUCCCCACCACCAGGCGUUGCGGACGACCCCUCGUUGGCCGGCAAGCCGCGGGACCCCCGCCCCACGAUCGUGUUCACGACCAUCGAGCACCCCAUCAUGCGGGAGUGGGCGCUGGCAGGCGUGGACGUGGAGGUCUUCCCUUCUGGUCUCGUGCUUGAGGAGAUGGAGUCUUCGGCGGGCCCAGUGACGAAGGUUCAUGGGCUGAUAGGGUGGGACAACAAGGGGACUCUGCAGCACAUGGCCAAGAUGAGCUACAUGACGGAGAGAGCGGACCGGGCCAUGGAGCGAGGAUACCUGGAGCAGCAGGCCGGAAACGGCGACUCGUCGGUCCUGGGGCCCACGGACCCCCCCCCAAAGAAACAAUCCACGAGGCCCCCCAGUACCCCCAUCAGCCGGGGCCCCGGCCGCCCCGCUGGUCGGCGUCGGUCGACCGCCGGCCGCUUCGAAACCGCCGCCGCCGCCGGCAAGGCGGGGAGCGGGGGAGGCGGCGGAACCCCUUCCUGUUCGGGGGGGGCGGCGGGGACGCUGUUGAGCGCAUCCCCGGGGUCUCCGCCGACGAAUUUCUCUCCUCUUCCCGCGAAGACGGCGGAUGGUACGGCGCCGAGAGCGACGGCCGUAGGAGACGACGACGACGAGGAUGGCAUCAUGAGCAGGACCAGGAUGACGUCCCGGGCGCGACCGCUGUCGCCCAAUCGCGGAAUCGGCCUGACGGGAGGAGAUGAGGCCAUCGGCACCCCGGAGGACAAGGACCGCGAUGCCCAAGUCAUCCGGCGGAAUUCCGGUCCCUUUCAGGGGUUUGCACCGUCGGAAGACGACGGCGGGGCCGCCGGUGGCGGCGGUGGCGGGGUCGGCGGCGGUGGCAGCAGCAGCCUCAUCGGCGUGGCGGACUGGACUCCCCCCCCGGGUCACCGCACGAUACCCUCGCCGGCCCGGGCGGCGGAGCUAGAGGCGGAGGUUGCAUUCCUGACCCGGCAGCUUUCGGUGCGGCAGUCCCUGGAGGAGAGGCUCAAGGGGUCGGAGUCGGAUAAGGCCAGGCUCAUCACUAAGCUUGCCACGGCACAGGCGGAUGCCGCUCGACGAGCCGAGUCUCUGGAAAUCAUUCUUCAGGAAACGAGCGAGAAACUCGCCGCUGCGCAGCAGCAGGCCGUCACCACCCAGAAACUCCUGGCCGACGCCGAGGAGCGGGCGAGGACCGCCCAGCGAGAUCUCAGGCUCUCCCGCGAGGCCCUCCGCGUGCAGUCGGAGCUCGCCAAGGCGGCAGAGGCCGCCUCCAGCGCCACCACCCUCCUCAGCGUCUCCCCCGGCAGCUCUUCGCGGUUCCCGACGUCCAACUACAACAUGCCGCUGGCGGCCUCCCCGGCGCUGCGCGCCCCGCCCCCCAUCGUUGGGGGGGGUAGAGGGAAGAGCCAGCUGCUCGUGGGGAGGACGCAGGAGAUGGGGGUGAGGUUCGCGCUGGACACGCUCAAGUACUCGGAGGACGAGGAGGUGGUGGUGUUCAUGCUCCACCUUGUGCAGGGGCUGAGACACGAGGCCCAGUCGUCGACCAACCCGCGAGGAGGACAAGGUUCAUCAUCCAACGCUCCCGGUCGCGCUGGUUCUUUUUUUGUCGCGAGCGGCGGUCCCGCCCCCUCCAGCGGUCCGAGCGAGAACACCUCGAGCCUUGCCCGCGUCCUGUUCAAGUCGACCACAUCGAAUAAUACAUCUUCCGGCGGGAAGCCGCAGCAACAGGGGAGCGGCAGCAGCAAGGGGAAGGACGAUGGCCGCGAGCUUUCGCAGCUGGCGGUGCUGCUGAUCAGCCGGGCGUGCGAGAACGAAGAGGUUGCCAACUUUCUCUUCUGGUACCUCAAGCUCGAGGCUGAGGGAGAUGCCACGCUGAGACCGAUGUACUCGAGGGUGCGGAAGGCGCUGAUGGAAAGCCUAGCGAGGAAAAACGCACCCUUCGCGGGGGCUCUCAAGGCGGCGGAGGCUUACAUGCAGGCCAUAUCGGCGGCCCACAAGAUGGUGAAGAAGAAGGGGGGGAGGGCCCCCGCCAAGACGGCGAGGCUCAAGGGGAUUCUCGCAGAGAGACGACUACACGUCGUGCCGAACUUCGGCGUUGGCGGCGCCGGAGGGAAGGGGAGAGGGGGGGGGGGCAUCGGCAAGGGCACUGCGGUGGUACCACUGCCGCUGGAUCCGCACACGACCGUUUUGGGGCUUAGACCUUCGACGGCGUACACGUUCCCGUCGGCGAUGAGCCCGUGCGUCGUGGAGUUUGUGCUGAGCGACUCCGUGGGCCCGGGCUUCAAGGGGGAUGAUCUGCUCCUAGAGCCGUGCGACGAGAGGCCUAGGAUGGUGACCGACAUCAGCGAAGCCGACCUCAAGUCUUGGAGCGGCGCCGGCCCCUUGCCGAGAGCCCGAUCCGGCUCGGUCGGGGCGAUACUGCACGUAGAGUCUGCCGUUGUCGAGGCGUGGGAGGAGGAAGAGGAGAGCCCGGCGCCCACGGAAGAGUCGUCCGCGCACACCGCACAGACGUCCGCCCUCGAAGAUGACCGAGAUAUCGACGAGGGAGGGGAAGACGAUGACGACGAUGACGAGUCGUUCCUGGACAGAAGACGUAUCAGCGCGGACGCGGGUUCGUUUAACUCACUGGAGGAAACCAACUCCGAGACCUCCCCAGCGGUGAAGCGGUUUCGAGAUCUCAGCGAGGCCGCUGUGGAUUCGGAAGAGGUCGAUGGCGACGCUAGGAAGCUCAGGUUCAAGACCACCAAUCCCUCCCCGAAAGAAGCAGGCGGCAAGAGCAAGAAGGGCAGCAAGAAGGGUGCCGGCAGCGGCGCGCCUUUGGCGGGGGGUGAGAGGGAGCGGUCAAUUCUCGCGCGGCAGGCAUCCGGCGAUCUCACCAAGCUGCGGUUAUGGGAGCAAAUGCAGGUUUUAGGGGCGGCGAGUCAGGACAGGGGGAGCUACCUCGCCAUCUUCAAGAAUGGGGAGGACGUGCGGCAGGACCAGCUGGCGGUGCACAUGGUGUCUCUCAUGGACAGGCAGCUUAAGGAGGCCGGCCUCGACCUCAAGCUCAAGUCUUACCGCGUGCUGGCGACAAGCUUGACAACCGGGAUGAUCGAGUUCGUCCCUGGCUCGGUUCCCAUGUCCGCCGUGCUCGCGACGCACAACAACAGCGUGCUGGACUUCUUGCGGCACCACAACGCGGACCCCGGCGGGCCCCUCGGCAUGAAGCGCGAGGCGCUCGACAACUUCACCAGAAGCUGCGCCGGCAGCUGCGUGGUGACGUACCUCCUCGGGGUGGGAGACCGUCACCUGGACAACCUCAUGCUGCUGCCGGAGGGGGUGUUGUUCCACAUCGACUUCGGGUACUUGUUCGGCAAGGACCCGAAGCUCAUGCCACCACCCUUCCGGUUAACGAAGGAGAUGGUUGAGGCCAUGGGGGGAACCGAGGCGCCGCACUACACGGUCUUCAAGUCGCUCUGCUGCCAGGCAUACCGACAUCUCCGCAAGUCGGCGCACCAGUACCUGAACCUGCUGUCUCUCAUGUCGGGGGCGGGCAUCAAGGACCUUGCGGACGACCCCGCGGCGGUGCUGCAGCUGGUGCAAGACCGGUUCAAGCUGGACCUCACGGACGAGCAGGCCGACGCGCACUUCCUCUCGCUCGUGUCGCAGAGCAUGACCGCCCUGGCGCCGAGGGUACUGGAGGUCAUGCACCAGAUCAGAGUCGCCGCAAGAUAACCUUUAUGCCAUCCCCCUAUUAAUAGUUCCCCCUCCCUCCAGAGACCCAGGUGUCUGUUGGAGGUAGCGGCUGUUUGUUUCACAUCAAAGUUCUUGUAUGUUCCAUUUUUUUUCGUGAGAGAUAAGAGAGAGCCAAGCUUUUAUUUGCCUUUGGAGUAGAAGCCACUUGCUGUACCUGUUAAAUAGUGGUGAGAGGCGUUUUUGCCCGUGUGCGGGGGAGGGCGUUCCAGGCCCAACCCGUCGCACCCAACGGACGGGUAGUGCACCGCCUCUUCCCUCCCAUCGACUGCUGUUGUCGUACUUCGUACAAAAGAUUUUAGUGUCCGUCGGCUGGAUGUGCCGUCCUUGAGAGGAACGGGGCGACGGGUCCGGUCAUGCUGAUUGUCGGCUGGAUUGUGGGUUCUUUAUUUUCCUCGUGUAGCGGAGAGCUGUGCGUGCGUGCGUGCGUGCGUGUCGGCUGGGUUUUGGAUUCGUUUUCUUCCUCGUGUAGCGGAGAGCUGUGCGUGCGUGCGUGCGUGCUUGCGUGUUGCUACAACGCGAAGGUCCUCUCUCACGCCUGCACGGGGACCGUCGAGAAGAAGGAGUAGGGGGGUUGAUUUGAGGCCCCGGGCGAUUCCUGGGUUUCUGCGAAAGGUUUGAGGAGAGAAGACGGAUGGAUGAAGCCUUGGGCUGGCUUUUUUCUUUUUGUCAUCUGCUUCCUAGUCGAGAGUUGCGUCUCGCCGGUGGUUUCGUGUCACCUAGACUAGAGGGCGUUUUGUUUUCGUUGUUGGUGCUUGAAGGAAGGAUUAUGAGGAAGUUGUGGCAACGCGGGGAGCGUUUUUUGUGUACCGGUAAGUCGUGGAGAGGUGUGUGCUGAUGCAGCAGAGUGGGAGGGCAGGGGGCGGGGGGCAG